AUGUUAAUCUACAUAUGGAUAGCAGCUGCGAUAGCGGCGAUAUACCUGUACUGUCGCCAAAUUUACUCAAGAUUCAGCAAAUAUGGAGUCAAGAAUAUGAAACCUGUACUCCUGUUUGGGAACAGUAGUCCUAUGAUACUCAGAACUAAAUGUUUCUGUGAAAUCCUUGUUGACCUGUAUAACAAGUUUCCUGAAGAAAGGUUUGUGGGCUUUUUUGAAUUCCUGAGGCCGAUGACAAUUAUACGAGACAUCGAACUUAUCAAGAAGGUUAUGGCUAAGGAUUUUGAAUCCUUCCUCGAUCACCGCUCAUUUGUCAGUGAAGAAGCCGAUCCUAUGUUUGGAAGGAACUUGAUAUCUCUAAGAGGUCAAGAAUGGAAGGACAUGCGUUCAACAUUAAGCCCAGCGUUCACGAGCUCAAAGAUGAAGAACAUGCUGCCAUUCAUAGUCGAGGUGGGCAACCAGAUGGUUGUCUCUUUGGAUCGGCAGUUAAAGGAAUCGGAAAAAGGCUACAUAGACAUUGAAACCAAAGACCUAUCAACCUACUACGCAAACGAUGUCAUAGCAUCCUGUGCAUUCGGCCUAAAAGUGGACUCCCUCUUAAAACCCUACAAUGAGUUCUACAAGAUGGGAUAUAAGACUUCUACCUUUGGCUUCGUGGCGAUUCUGAAGGUCUUUGGAUACUCAAACUUUCCAUGGCUCAUGAAGGCAAUGAAGAUGAAUAUCUUCCCGGCUGAUGCGACAAACUUCUUCCAACACUUAGUGCUCAGCACGAUGAAGGACCGUCAAGUGCACAAUAUUCUUCGACCCGACAUGAUACAUCUGCUUAUGGAAGCCAAGAAAGGUCAGCUUGUUAAUGAAGACAAUUCUGUUAAUGACCCUGACGCCGGAUUUGCUACAGUAGAAGAAUCUAAUGUUGGAACGAAGAAUAUUAAUAAAGAAUGGACAGACAUAGACCUAGUCGCACAAGCAGUCCUCUUCUUCAUCGCCGGUUUUGAAACGGUCUCCACAGCCAUGGCUUUCCUCCUUUACGAGCUGGCUCUCAACCCUGAAGUCCAGGCGAAGUUGGCUCAGGAAGUGAGGGAACACGAUAAGAGGAGUGGCGGCAAGUUUGACUAUAACUCCAUCCAGAACAUGGUUUAUAUGGAUAUGGUCGUCUCAGAAUCAUUACGACUUUGGCCUCCUGCUUUUUUAGCAGAUCGAAUUUGCACAAAGGAUUACAAUUUGGGUAGAUCCAACGACAAAGCUUCUCAAGAUAUUAUUUUGAAAAAAGGUGAAGGCGUCAACAUACCAGUAGCGGCGAUUCAUCGGGACCCUAAAUAUUUUCCAAACCCUAAUAAGUUCGAUCCUGAGCGCUUCUCUGAUGGGAACAAGCAUACGAUACAGCCCUUUACUUACAUGCCUUUUGGUCUGGGCCCAAGAAACUGCAUUGGGUCCCGUUUCGCGUUGUGCGAAGUGAAGGUGAUGGUAUACCGGCUCGUUCAGCACUACGAGCUGAUGCCGUGCGAGAGAACCAGCAUCCCGUGCGAACUGGCAAAGGACAGCUUCAACCUGAGGAUCAAAGGCGGACAUUGGCUGAGGUUCAAGCCGCGGACUUAGGGUCAAUGUGUAAAAUAAAAGAUGUGUGAAUAAAUAUGUGAGAGUAAAUGUGUGAUAGUAACUGCCGCAA